UUUUAUUUAUGUCAAAAUAUCAAUAAUGACAAAAGAAGUAGAAAUGGAAGAAAAUGGGUGUAGUGGGGGUGAAGAUGAAAUGACGGUAUUGCCGCCAGACACAAAGGUUGUUGUCACAGGAAACAACCGAACAAAAUCUUUGCUUGUUGGUUUACAAGGUGUUGUUAAGAAAGCUGUUGGCUCUGGUGGUUGGCAUUGGCUGGUUCUUACAAACGGGAUAGAGGUAAAAUUACAAAGGAACGCGUUAAGUGUAAUAGAAGCUCCUACUGGUAAUGAGGACGAUGAGGUGGGAAAUCUGCAGUUGAAUGUCUCUGAUCUAGCUUCUGAUGAUGAACCCAAGUCUCAUAGAUCAAGGCAUCGUGCACAUAAACCAGCAGUUCAUAAGACCAUGAGCAGGUCUCUCUCCUGUGAUUCACAGCUUAAGAACUCGGUUAAAACUGCUCAUGCGUCCAUGAAGGUUGACUUUGGUAAACUAGAGAUGGCGGCCUUAAGGAGAUAUUGGCGUCACUUCAACCUCAUGGAUGCAAGCCCCAACCCAUCUAAGGAGCAGCUUGUUGAUGUUGUUCAAAGGCAUUUCAUGUCGCAGAAACUGGACGAGUUGCAGGUAAUUGUGGGGUUUGCGCAAGCUGCAAAGAAGUUGAAGGUGCAUGCAAAAUGAUUGAACGUGUAUGCACUUUACUGUUUACUAGCGGUUAUGGGAUACCUGUAGAGUUAAUUGUUUCUUUCUUCCCUUCUAGAUUCGGCAAUCUUUAGCAUAUAUAUUAUCUCUAGGACAAAACAGUAAUUGCAAGAAACCUGUAACCCUUUGGUCGCAGUUGUAGAUAUAUGACAAAAACUUCAACAAACUGAAUGCAAGAAGUCUUCUGAGUUCUGUUU